CACACUUCGACGGAAAAGAAAUCAAUUUGGCCGUGAAAACUGGCGUAUUCGUUAACUCCACGAACACACACACGUUACCAGACACUCAAUGGCUAAGCACUGCCGUGAAUAAGGACUACUUUGUGGAUGAAGAGCCUUUAAUCAUGCUGGCGGCGCGAGAACAACCGGGACGGCUUUCAGACAGAUUGACUGAGCAAACAACCAAUCAGGAUGCGUCUUCAAGGAAGCUAUGGCAGAAAAAACUUUUGAACCAAUGAAGUUCCAGAGUGGGCGUGUCUCGGUCGGGACUGAAAACAAUCAGUGAAUUAUGGGAAAUGUAGGUUUAAGUGCGAGUCUGCCUUAUAGGCCAGUGAAGAGCUGAACUUCAAGUCCCAAGAUGCGGCAAAAAACGAGGACUAGCCGCAUGCGCCCUUUACGUCGGGGAGGUAAUAAAUUCACAAGCAACACUCGUCUCCGUAGCAGAAGCGAAAAGGAGUUUACAAUGGAUAGAAAUGUACUCGGUCCUGUCAAGAAACCUAGCUAGUUCUAAACGGAGCGGAAGGAGUUAACAUUAACAGUCUCAAGUAGCGUAAUAACUAAAACCAUAGACUUGAGUUAAACGGUGGGAGUGUACAGUUAUGGAGCUGAGUAAAGACGACGCUGCGCCGGAGGCUGGCGACAGGGGGCGACAUAGAGACGACACACAGAGUGUCAUCUCGGAGAAACAAGUGCAACGAAAUCCGCCGGAGUUCUGUCCCGGACUUGUCUCCGGAGACACGUACCCCAUUUGCCGCGUUCGGGAGAGGAGCGACCCGGAGCCUAAGACCGGCGACGCUGCCGGUGACGAAGGAGACGCGAGUGAAAAGGCGUCCAGUAAAGCACAGGGCGAGCGGGACCCCCGGAAUAAGAGGAGGUCCGGCUGCAGCUCCGAGGGCGCACCGGACGGCCGACAAGGCAAGAAGAAACACCGGCGGCGACCGUCCAAGAAGAAGCGACGCUGGAAGCCGUACUUCAAACUUACCUGGGAGGAGAAGAAGGAGCUGGACGAGCGGGAGAGCGCGCGCGCGUCGCGGGUCCGAGCCGAGAUGUUCGCUAAAGGUCUGCCGGUGGCUCCGUACAACACGACUCAGUUCCUGAUGGAGGAGCACGACAGAGAGGAGCCCGACCUGAACACGGAGCGCUCCAACCGUAGGUCUUUCGGUGCGAGUCGGUCUGAAGACACGGCCAGCGAGGAAGACUUCUUCGAGCCUGAAGAGGAGGAGGAGGAGGAAGGCGAAGGUGGAGAAGGCGGCGAGAGCGACGGCAUGGGUCGAGCAGGGGGCGCAGGGGGAGAGUUUCUGCAGCGGGACUUUUCCGAGACCUAUGAGCGGUACCACGUAGAGACGCUGCAGAAUAUGUCCAAACAGGAACUAGUGAGGGAGUACCUGGAACUGGAGAAGAGCAUGUCGCGCCUGGAGGAGGAGAACAACUGGUUGCGACACGCGCGGAGAAAUCCGGCGACUCCGGGCGAGAGCGCGCAGCGCGUGCACGAGCUGGAGCGCGAGCUGGAGAGACUGAGAGCGCUGAAUAGCGAGCUGCUCUUCCACUGCCACAACACUGCGGGACACACCGUGAACGGCUCUGCAGCCUCAGAGCCCGAGAAGGGACAAGCCGAGGGCACAGACCCGGUCACACAGUGACGGACAGACGCGUUGGACAAUUCGACAUGUUUCUUUGUUUCUUUUCUCUGAUUUGUUGUCCGCUGAUUUUAUCCGUUGUCUUACUGUAAAGCUACGGUAUCUAAUGUGAUGCGCUUUCGGCCCGAAAGGUAAUGUUUAUUUGUUUUUGUUUUUUCCUGACAAGUUUUAAAUAUUGAAUUUGUGUGUGAGGUCCCCAUCAAAUGGUCAGUUCGUUAUAAUGUAGGUUAGGGGGCUUUUUGCACACGUGACUGGAUUCAUUAAAAAAAAAAAAGACACUUUUGGUUUUAAGAGUUAAUUCCUCUGGAUCAGUUACGUGUUCAUACUGCACGGGAAACAACACAUCGUCAUACACACCCGUCUGUAAGUUUGCCAUAAAGCGACGUGGGGUUUUUUUUUUUUUUGUCCAUCAGUCCCGGUAAAAUGAGCUGUUUGGUAUUUUUCUGCUGUUGCACCUGAUCUUCUGCUAUACACUUAUUAAUGCAUGACCAAGUCAGUAUGUGGGCUAAUAAAAACUGUGGAAAACC